AGAAAGGUACAAUAAGGUGUAAUAUGAGAAGUAUUAUCGGUCUUUAGUGACAUUGACAUGUAAGGAAAUUUUAAAAAUAAUAAUAAACUUAAGACCUCAGAAAAACACACAGUGACACACAAAAAAGGAAGAGUUAUCAAUUUCAUGAUUUUAAAAUGGAACAAGAAACGAAGAAACUUUUCCAAGACGAUGAAGGAAAUCCUGUAGUAUUCUUUUUUCGUCCUUGUGCCGCACGGAGUAAGGUGCAACCCAUUAUAGAGGAAAAUGGAGGCAAAGUGACAGCCAAAAUUGCCUUAAAGUCAAAUGCUAUCAAGCUUGCCAAUGAUGAUGACUUCUUGGUCUCAGAUGACAAUUACUCAGCGAGAUAUAUUGAGGAUUGUGUGAAAGCUAAAAAAGUUCUUGACAAAGAGAAGUACAGGCUGCAGCCACGUAAGAGUGUUUUACGGGAUGAUGAACAAGUCAGUGAUAUUUCUUUUGAUGAGGACGCACCAUUGACAGUCAGAGCAAGAUCAAAAUACUUUCGAGGAAGGAAGAUGUAUAGUAAUGAGGAGGAUAUGGCAAUACUGAAGUACAUCAUAGAUAACGAUUAUCACGACAAAGUGUCAGGCAUCACAAUCUGGAAAGAAAUGGAGGACUUAGAGAUAACAAAACACUCUUCUGGUUCCAUGAAUAGCCGGUACAGGAAAAUCAUCAAGAACAACCUGAAUUUAUACUCCAUUCCUUUGAAAGAUAAGAAGAAGCUGAGCCAGGAUUAUGUUGCUACAUCUGAUGAUGCAGACUCUCCAACAAAAACAGAACAUCAGAAAUUUCCUAACUGUGAAGAAGUCAGAGUAUCAAUUCCGAAAAUAAAAUUUUCUAAGAGCUCCCCACAGAAGGUUAAUUCACCCACCAAACAGAGUGGUGAAGAUGUAAAAGGAAGGACUAGAUCACAGAGACCAUCAACAUUGGUGACUAAAUUUCCUUUUCCAAAGAAAACAGUCAUUACACGUAGAAGUAAAUAUUUUGAUGACUCAUCUGAUGAUUCUGUAGAUGAGAGUAAUACUAUUCCUACGGGAGUUAAAACAAAGAAAAUGAAACUGAAAUUCACUUGUGAUGAUGAACAGCCAACAUCAGAAAGUGCCACACAGAGUUUUUCACACUUGAAGUCAUCUCCAAAAAAAUUGAGAAAUGCAGAAAAGUCAAGCCAUGGUGUGGAAAAAGACACUACUGCAACAGUUAACCACAGUCAUGCUGGAAAGGAAGAUAUCAUGACAUCUCAUUCAGGAAAGUCCAAAGAAAAGAAUCAUGAAAAUGAGGAACAGGAAAUAGAUGAACAAUCUGUUGAACCUGUAAACAAUCCAGUUGGCAGGCUGCGCAAGCCUCGGAGUAAAAAUGAAAUGUCCCCAAGGAACAAAUCUAAAGAAAGUGAAAGAGGACAAAGGUGUUCCUUGGGUACACCCUCAAAAUCAAAGACUGAGAGCCCACAAAGUAAAUCAGAUAGGAAGAAAUAUCCUACAACAGGAUCAUCACCUAAAGUUAAUGAGAGAGGAAAGCCAAGUAUCUCAGAUUCUCCCAAGCCUGGGCCUUCAUGUAAACAAUCAAAUGCACAGAAAACAGGCAAAAAACCACACAGAACUUUGUAUAACAGUGAGUCAGCCACUUUAACACCAAAUCAAAUGAAGAACUUGUCUAGUUUGUCCCAAACAAAGUCUGAUAUGUCUCCAAGUAGCUUGUACAAGUGUACAUCUGAAGGAGUUAGAAAGUCAUCUAGAUAUGAACGUAUAGACUCCAAGGCCAUUAAAAGGAAAUCUCCACAUGGUAAAGGCAGUAGCAGGUUGGAUGACUCUGUUGAUGACAAUGAAUUGGAAGAUGAUUUUGACAAAGAACUGAUGAAGCGUGUGGCCUUGACCUCAACUCAACUCCUAGUUGAUGAAGCACCAUCAACAUCCAAGAAAAGUCGAUCUGCAAAAAUGUGCAUGGAACAAGAUUCAGGUGAAGAACCAAAAGGGGUCGUAUCCAGCGAAAAAUCAAAACCAUUAGAAGACACUCCAGAGGGGAAAUCCCAAACUACCCCAAAACCUUCCACAGGAACAAAGAGUCUGACAUCAUAUGUCACCAUGUUUACUGAAGAUGAAGAGGACACUGCAACAGAACUAGUAACUGACGAGGGAAAGACGGAAGACAUUUUGGAUGAGGCAGAAACUGAAGAUCUUAUUUUGAACUUGUGUAGAGAGUAUCAGCUGACCAAACGACAGGUUGGAUACGUCCUAUAUAUUAACAGUGGAGAUGUUAAUGAUACCCUACAAUGGCUGAGGCUUAGUGGAGAAUGCAGAGGUAGAUUAACAUGGGAUAUAAGAGAUGAUGAAAAACUUGAUGGUGAUCUGGAUCCCUUGUUCAGAAAGUAUGGCGAAUCUGUUGUCCAGAAGCGCAUUCUCUUCCUGGACCAACUGUAAAGAAAACCAAGAGGGGAUAAUGCGGAUCAGCACACGCUCUGUAGUAAAGAAAACGGAGGGGGGAUAUGUGGAUCAGCACACGCUCUGUAGUAAAGAAAACAGAGGGGGGGAUAUGUGGAUCAGCACACGCUCUGUAGUAAAGAAAACGGAGAGGGGAUAUGUGGAUCAGCACACGCUCUGUAGAUUUUUUUUUUGUUGAACAGCAUUAUACAUAAAUGACAUGGUUUUUUGUGAAGUUGUUACUUUUGAAAAUUUGAAGAUAGAUCCACGAUUGUUGUAACAAUGACAUAAUCAAUUCAUCUUUCAUGUCCUUAUAAUGACAUGGUGUUAGGCUAGAAAACUGUUAGGUAAUGCCUGCUACAUGUACAUAUGUAUAUUAUGGUCUAGUAUGCAGUUUUACUUAAAAGUUUAUAUAGUUUCCAUGGCAGCAAUUCAUUAGUAGAUUACUAGUUUGUCACCAAAAUUAAAUUCAAUGAAAAUUGCUCUAUAUUAUAUAUUUCAAUAAGACCAUCAGUAUUUAAUUUAAUAUUUCAAACGCUCUUUAACCUCAAAGUAGGUACACGAAUAUGUAAUUUUGGUGAUUAAAUAAUUAUUGUCUUGCAGGACAAUAAUUCUUCCUUAUAUAUUUCUUUACACUAAAAGCGGUUACUAUCUAUAGUACAUGUAGUUUUAUUACAUUUCUCUUGUUUUUGUGCAAACUAAAUGUUUUUAUACAUAUAAGUCAUGAAUACAUAUAAUAUUCCUUUAAAAAAAAUGGACUGAAAUUUUCUGAUAGAAGUUUGUCUUUUUAAUCACCUGUGCAUAACGUUUUCAUUUGUUUGAUUGAAUCAUUUUCAACUUAAUUUGGCCACAAUUAGGUUUUAGCAUUUUUCAAUGAAAUUUUUAAAACAUAUAUGGAUAUCUUAGAUGUUCUUCACAAAUAGUUGUAAGAUGUGUAGUUAUUAUGUAAACACAGCUGUAUUCUCAUGUUGUGUGUAUUCAAAUUUAUUUGAACAAUUGUGGCCAGGAGUCCACAUCCGAUUUCUAAAUAUAGAAACAGAAAGCUACAAGAAAAAUGGUUGAAAAUCUUUUCCAAAAACAGCAUGUAUUUUGUUUGCAGGAACAAAAGGAAGCAAGAUGUAAGAGAUGGGCCAGAAUAGACCAAUAACUGUCAACAGGGGUUCAAAAUUAAAAAGUGUACAACAUAUUUCCCGGUUAAGAACAACAGGGAUUUUGCUAUGUAUUUGAAAGUAUUAUGCAGUUUUAAUCAUCUUUAUUCAAACCAUUUUACCUGAACUAGAACAACAGAUCAGGUCAAAUAGGAAUGUAGUUGAUAUCCUUUGAGUCAGGACAUUUCUCUGGGAGGGUUACAAAGGAAAACAAAAUAACAUUUUUAAUUAAUCUGCCAAAUUUUGAUGAAGGAUACAUUUUAUACCGUGCAUGGUAAUCUUGUGUAUGUGUGUGUGUGUGUUAGAAUAUUUAGUUUAAAAGUUCAGUCUUUUGGGAGUACAUGUCCCUCACUCCAGAAUGAUCUGAAUAACAAUGAUGGUGAAUUUUUCUUAUUUGUUCACUAUUUACAAUUAUUAAAAUGCUAGAAGUGCAAUUCCAAUGAUCUCCCGUGUCUGCUGGCACAUGGAGUCCCGUAUCUUUUGAAAUUCUUUUUGUUUCUUGAGUCUUAAAAGUUUCUGUUCAUCAAAGGAUUGUAAUCUAGAAAUAUGUGUUGCACGUAAAGUGUCACAUGGAUGUAGAAAUCGACAUGUGGUAAUUUGCAAUUGAUACCGAAGAAAGAAUAUUUUAUUGUAAUCAUUCCUGUCAUAUUCAUGAAUUGCUUGUACAUGUAUUGCAUUUAAUUACUCAUUAUAAUAAAAUACUGUUUAAAUUUAAAUUAAUUACUCAUUAAGGGUAUGCAUGAACAUGUAUUUUAAAAGCACAUUGACAACUCGUGUAGUUUUGUAUGUAACUUGUGUCUGAUGCAUUUUCAAUCAAAUCGACUGAAUUGUAUUUUAACUUUGAAUUUUAAAAAAAACCCGCAUUUGAUAUAAAUAAUGAAUAUAUUAAAUUCUUUUUAAGUGAAAAAUGUGUUCAAAAAGCUUUGCCUGAAGAAGAUUCUUUGGAGAAAUUGCUCUUGCUACUAAUUAUUAAAGUGUUUAUGCAUAUUGGACCUAAAACUGAAAGUAAAUUCAUCUGUAGGUGAGCUGUAGAAGACAUUUAAUUGUUAUGUUAAUUAUCUGUGGCAGUAGGGAUUACAAGAAGUGGUUUACUUGUUCAUUUGUCCAUUUGAGAGUUUUAAAAGUUCUCAAUCUUGCAGGAAUUUUGCAAUACCUUUCAAGAAGAGCUGGGUUGAUACAGAUUUUAAAGGUUGCUGGAGGGAAAUUUCAGCAUUCCAUAAGUGCAGGAUUUGAUUGUAUUUUGGGUUAAAUUUCAUGGUUGUCAUUUUGUGCUAAAAUGGAGGAAACAAUUGCUUGGUUUAAUUUCUGAAUCUUAUUCAACAGGUCAUGAAGAUUAAAAACCUUGUGAAAUAUUUCUGUUCUAGGCUAGAACAUAUAUUGGGGCUAUUGAUUUGAAGAAGAAAACAAUAUGUUAGAUGACCUUGGGAAAACGUAUCACACACUAUCGUUCUUCAUAAUUAUGGUAUUGCACAAGAUAAGGAAACCGACUUUCUGUUGAUCAAUCAUUCCCAUUCAAUUUAUCAAUAUAAAGUUACAUAAUACCAGGGUUAAAUUUCCUUAAUGAUUGAUAUAAGGAAAAAUUCAUAUCAGAUUUUGUCCUUGUGACUGUUGGUGAGGGGAGGAUUGUCUUUAAAUAAUGUGCCCCAGAUUUAGGAUGAGUUUCAAGUUAUCUUUUUAGAUUGAAGUGUAUUGGACUAUGCAUGAAUUUUACAUCUUUUUCCCCAGAUUCUGCAGCCCAUUUUCGACCAAACAUCACAGCCAAUUAUAGCUUUAACCGACUUGUUGAAUUGAAAUGGUGUAUAUAGCAAUUACAUACAUCAUUUUAAUGAAUUGUAAAAAGUAAAUAUAACACCACACUAUCAUAAUGGCAGAUGUUCUUUUCAUCUUAUGAUAUUUACAUUUCCAAUGUUUUUGUACCGUCUGUAAUUCUGUCUGACACUUUAACCUUGUGACAAGACCUUUCGAUGGGUACCAAAAUGUUUGACCAUGUGACUUUGGUCAUUCUGUCUGAAACUUACCUUGCUAAUAACUUUUAAACAGUAAGUGUUGGAGCUUUGAUAUUUCACAUGACUAUUAUUCCUUGUGACAAGACCUUUCGGUGGGUACAGUGUACCAAAAUUUUUGACCCAGUGACCAUUCUAGUUUAACCCACUUUUUGAAAACUUGAACCUUGCUAAUAACUUUUGAACAGUAAGUGCUAGAGCUUUGAUGUUUCACAUUAAUAUUCCUUGUGAUAAGACCUUUCCGUGGGUACCAACAAUUUUGACCUUGGUAUUUGACCUACUUUUAUAAAAUUUGACAUUGGUCGUAACUUUUAAAUGGUAAAUAUUAGAGCUUUCAUAUUGUACAUGAGAAUUCUUGUGACAAGAUCUUUCUACCGGUACCAUGGUAUUUGUCCUUGUGACCUUGGCCAUCCUUAGAAUGGAGAUGUGUAGUAUUGCAAAACCAUGAAGACAAUUCUAAUUAUAGAAAAGUGUAUAUGUAGUAUUACACAACCACUAGGAGAGUUCUAAUUAAUGUACAAUUUCACCAUUAAGACCAUUCUAAUUUUAAAAGCGUUCGCUUUGUAACAUCGUUGGUUUGGAAUGUAUGUUCGCCCUAAAACGCGUUCGCCCAUGACGCCGUUCGCCCUUAUUCCCGUUCGCCCAGAGUCCGAUCGCCCUAAAACUUGUUCGCCCAUGGUCCGUUCGCCCUCUUAUUAAGUUGAAUGUCUGAAACAUAGGAAUUCUUCAUUUUUCUAUACAUAUUUUUCUAUAGAUGAACCAAAAAAAAUAUUUUUCACGUAUGCAACGGGUCUUACUAAUGACCUGUCAUACCAAAUACCUGACUAACAGAAAUUUACGACAUUUGAAGGUUUUAUAUUAAAUUUUGUAAGAUAUAUUCCUGAAUAUGAAUAAAAAUACAUUAGAUUAAAGGCUAUUAGAAAUAAUUUUCCCAAUUUUUUUAGUCAUUCAUAAACAUUAUUUAUAUUUUAUUGCUUGAUAUACAUGUAUGAUAUAUUUGGUAUUUUGGAGUAUGAAGGUAUAAUACUUGGUAAUUAAAAAUUUUAAUGAAUUUUU